AUGGCAGAGGUCAUCGGUCUGGUAGCAUCUCUCAUCACCCUAGCCGGCGCGAGUGCGCAGCUAGCCACAACCCUCCUCGACGUCGCUAAUGUUAUCAAAUCCGCAGAGUACGAAGCUAGGAUCAUUGCUGUAGACAUCAACGGACUCUCAAGCUAUCUCACACAGUUGAGUAUGAUUGUGGACACCCCAAACAUCAAGACGGAAAAGCUUCGCGAAAUUACUGUCGUCUUGAUCGCUGCAUGCAAAACACUCAUAGAGGAUUUAAAGAUGCUCAUCGGAGAGCCGGUUCAGCCCGACCCCGCAAGACGCGCUUUCACCACAUCGAUGGUACGAUUCCGUUUCAGAUGGAUGAAAGUGGGGCCUAAGGUCAUGUUCGUCAAGAGCCUGAUCGACUCUUUCAAAACCACUAUCAUCGUCCUUGUCUCCACGAUGAACUUAGCCGUUGUGCUGGAGCGGAAUGCCCCCGAGUCUAUAAGCGAGAGUCUAAAGACGCAAGUUGAGAGCAACAUCAAAUUUGCGGAAGACGCUACGGAGUGUCUGCACUAUCACACCACUGUUCAGCAAGACGAGGUUCCAUCUUUCACGCCCACUGUGGGUUCCAGCGCUACGACCGAGGUGAAAGACGCGGAACAAGGUGCUGGGGGAGAGCUAAUCGUGUCUAGGCUGCGGCCUCUGGACGAGCGCAGCCUAGCAGUACACGACGCAACACUUCUCACUAACCCAGACUCUGAGCCUGAUGAUUUCGCCCUCCAAAUCUUUUACGACUGUACACAAGCAAUCGAAAUGCAGCAGAUGUCUAGCGCGUUAGCCAAAGAUGUGCUGGAUUAUCCUAGCCGAAAAGCGGCAUGGAACUGGGAUGCCUUCGAGAGCUCUUCUGUACAUGAGCGCACAGACUCAACUAGUGAUGUCGUUACCCCCGUAAGCCAUCCCGAGCUCUACAGUUCUCCAGAGCCUCGCCUAGCAACAGAAGAGGCUGCACCUGAAGGGUCAACCCCCCCUAAGCGUGAAUCUCGAUCAACGGCGAAGAAGGCCAACCGCUCGACAAUAAAUGCGGGAGCUCGCCGGCAGAAACCCUCUAGGUAUAAGGACGAAGAGACGGCGCGUUAUGAUAAUCAACAGGAACGCAAUCCGCGCAGUCGUAGCUAUGAAGUUGACAGACUAGCGAAUCUUGAGAAAUUGAUUCUAGGCCAGAAAGAUGAGCAGCUCAAGAGGGAAGCUGCCGCGGAUGCGGUACGCUAUGCAGAGCGACAAGCAGCCGAUAUGAAAGAUGCAAAGAUAGCUGAGGAGAAGAAAGCAGCGAGUGAGAAAGCAAAGCUUAUGUUAGAGGCUGCGCAAAGGGCAAGAGAGGCGGCUGAAGAGAAGGCAGCAGAGGAGCGGAAGUCUAUAGAAGCCGCUCAUGCGAGAGCCCUACAGGACGCGAAAGAAGCGGCGCAAGAAUUAGAGAAAGCAAAGAUACUUGCACCAAAGACGAGUGCGCCUAUUAUCUUCCAUGAUCCCGUCGGCCGUAAGUUCGAAGGCCCCUGGCGUUUGUGUAGCACGUGGAAGGGGAUGGAAGAAUUCCUCGCGGAGAUCUGUGCUGGAUCAGCAGAGGUCUUCAGGCUAAAGAUCAGCGGACAGUACGACCUUGUCAGGGGCGACGACGUCAUCAUCCUGCAGGGGUUGUGGGAUAGCAUGGUUGUUCCUGGAUCAUCAAUAACGAUGCGCGCCAGAACUUCAGCCGAGAAGAAAGCUCCGUGGUUUCGUAGGUCGGUAGGAAAGGGAAGUGGCUAA